AUGUUGGACUUAUUUAAAUGCAUUUAGAGGUUGUUUUAACAAUUUCUUGUGAAUAGUUAACUAUAGACACCCCCAGUAGGUGUAGUCGACCGUCCCGUUGAUUCGAACAGUUUUGCGCGCGCUGACGCAGUGAGCAAUUUCACUCAACAUGGCGGGCUUUCGAGAUGAGGAUAAACGCCACUUCCCUUUGCAAGACAUCAAAUCCGUCGUGGAACUCUUUCGAUCGCAACUGUCAUGCAGCGUAGAGCCCAAUCUGGCACUGCUCUCUGUGACCCUGGGGUAUAUUGAGAAUGUCCUGACCAACAACAGGGCCCUGAACAAGGUAGAUAGCGGGGCUAAUUUGGAGCCGAUCUUUCCCGUGGUGGAGCUCGCUCCUGUGGAAGCCCUGUACCACAAGUUCGUCUGUCAGAUCAAAGGCUCCGUCGAUCUGAGCCAGUUCACGCACGGGGUGGCGACGCGGGAGCUCGUGAAAAAGGUGUCUGACGUGAUUUGGAGCUCGCUGUCACGGUCGUACCACACUGACAGAGCGCAUCUGCAGUCCCUCUACAGCUAUCUCACAGGAAAUCGCCUGGACUGUUUCGGGGUUGCGUUUGCUGUGGUCGCUGCCUGCCAGGUGCUGGGCUAUAAGGAUGUCCACCUGGCCCUGUCUGAAGACCACGCCUGGGUAACCUUUGGGGACAAGGGUGCUGAGACAGCAGAGGUGACGUGGCACGGGAAGGGGAACGAGGACAAGAGAGGACAGCCCAUCAGUGUGGGAGUGGCUGAGAAGAGCUGGUUGUACCUGUAUGGUUUCCCUGUGCAGUGUACCAGGAGCAUGGAGGUGGCAGCCAUGGUGUCGGCCAUCAAUCCGUCCAUAGACUCACACACAGACAGCAUCGAGAUGGCAUCACUGCAACAGGAGCUGCUUUGGUUGCUGUAUGAGAUGGGGCAUCUACGAAAGUAUCCCAUGGCCCUGGGAAACCUGGCUGAUCUGGAGGAGAUUGACCCCACUCCAGACAAACCCCCUCCUAUACAGCUGUUCCACGAAGGCAUCCAUGCUGGCAAAGUAUACUACAACAACCAACAUGUCUACCCCUAUACCUACCUGGGCGGCCACUAUUAUAGGCGUGGUCAGUUCAAGGAUGCUCUCCAUUGCUGGGCUCAGGCUGCUAAUGUUAUCAGAAGCUACAACUACAACCGUGAGGACGAAGAAAUUUACAAGGAGUUCCUUGAGAUAGCUCACGAGCUCAUCCCCAACGUGCUGAAGUCGGUAAGCCUGUCGACCCUGCAGUCCCCUGCGCUGUCUCCAGCCUCCAGCACUGACGACUCUUCAGAGAAGUCAAACGGACGAUCCACCCCGGUGGCAGUGGCACAGUCGCCCUUGCUAAACGACCCCGAGUGUUUCGCUUACCUGCUGCAGUUAUAUGACGGCAUCUGUCAGUGGGAGGAAGGGAGCUCGACGCCAGUCCUACAUAUCGGGUGGGCCAAGCACAUCGUGCAAUCUAUAAACAGCUUCUCACCUCAAGUCAGGUCAAAGUUAAACAUCCUCUUAAUCGGAGAUCAAGGGGAAGUGCUAAAAGAUGAGGAAGAAGAGGAGGAGGAAGAAGAGGAGAAGGAAAAAGAUGAAGAAGAAAAUAAGACGGAAGAAAAGGAGGAGACAAAGAAAGGUAGAGGUCGCGGGUCAAAAGGCAGUAGGGACCGUCGCAAAAGGAAAAGGUAGAGAAGGAAAAGAACGGGGUAGUGUUAGAAGGGAAGGAGGCAAAAGGGAAGGCCGAUGCACAGAGCAGACAGGAGCACAGUGGCAAUACCAGGCUAACCAAUGAGACCCUGCUGUCUACCAUUGAGAGCCUGGCCUCGAAGGUGGAUCCUGACUCCCAGAACGAGGCCCCACACCCGAACAUUGCCGACCUGGCUGCGAAGUGCGGGGAGAACAUCCUGAACCCAGACGUACCUGCUGGGAGGCCUGGAGCGCAGCUGCAGUCCCUUCGCCACGCGUACCGUGGACUCCCGUCCUGACGUCAGCGAGUUCCUCAGUCAGCGGUCCAAUGGCAACCCCUUCCCUGGUAUGACCAUGGAGUCUGUAUUGAAAGCGGAGAGCCCUGCGGAGAUGGCUUUCCAGACCUCGCAGGGUCAGGGAGACACCGCGAGCCGAGGUAACGCCGCCCCCGUCCUCGGUACGACAGAGGACGACAAGUUCAAGGUGCCCAUGCCCCCCCUCCCGUCGUCAAGUUCUCCAGUGCAAAGAUGAAGGGGCUGAAGGAACUGCUGACCUCCACGGGUAAGCUGAACGCCAGUGCAAUCAAGCUGCAGCUGAC